GCCCUGCCCCUUGCUGCGAGCACCCGGCGCCGCAGGAGGAGAGCCCAUGCCGGCAGCGGCGCGCUUCUGCCUCGCCAUCCGCAGAAGCCCCACUCGCCGGGCAUCUGGCCACGGCCGUCGAGAUCCUGCCCGAAGCUGCGCCUGCGGCACGGGGCGCGGCGGCGGUGGCGUCCUCCUCGCGGGCGGCGGGGUCGAGCUGCCGGGCGGCCCUGGCGGCGGCGGCGGCACCCUCCUCGGGGGCGGCGGUGGCGGCGGCCUCCUCGCGGUCGACCGGGCCGAGCUGCCAGGCGCCGCGCUCACUGCAGCUGCCCCAGCCUCCCGCCGCUGCCGCCAGCGCACCAGCGUCGCUGGCGCUGGCGGGGACAGCGAUCACCUCCACGGCGAACCGGCCGAUCUCUCCGAUGGCCUGGGCGCGCGCCGCGGCGGCGUCUCCGCCGCGCCCGCUGGUGGUGCAGGGACCGGCCCGGCAGGUGGCCGCCGCCGCGCCGCCGCCGCCGCGCCCGGGGCUGCCCGCGGCCCUGCCGCAGCCGCCGCGGGCGGCGCCGGUGGCGAGCCCCGCCCAGACGGCGGAGGGCAGGCUGACGCGUACCACUUCGGCUACGUUUUCUGUCACACCUUCAGUUAACGUCUUCACCCACGAGGGGCAGCCCGAGCAGCGCCUGAGCAAGAACGACAGAGAGAUCGCCCAGCUGCGCCGGGAGAUCGAGCAGCUCAAGAAGGACCCCGCGUCCCCGCUCUCGCCGCAGCUGGCGCUGGGCCCGCCGCGCGCCUUCGCCUCCCACGCCGCGCUGCCCGCAGGUGGCGCGCCUCCCCAAACAAUGGCUGGGGCGCUCUACGACGCGCACUGCGUGAUAGCUGGGGCUAUUGCGCCUUCGCCCCGACGCGCGGCCGUCUUUUCCGACGCCGCGCUGACCUUCCAUUGGGCCGACGCGGCUGGCAUGUCCAAGAAGGACAGUCAGCGGGCAAAGACCGGCAGUCAUCCAAUCAACCAGCGAGCAGAUUUGCGACGAGCAGCGUCUAGUUGCGAGAACGAGCACAUGUGGAACGGCGACCAGGUGCGCGGGGGUGGGGCGAAGAUGCCCCUUCCCCCGGAUCCACGUGGCGUCGCCAGGGUCUGGCAGAUGAUGGUUCUCAGCCUCUGCGCCGCCGCCUCCACGGAGCCCUCCGCGGCGAGUAAAGGCUGGGCGAAGGGCGGCCCCUCGGUCGACCCGGCGGGCGAAGCGGCCGCUGCGCCCGAGGCCGAGAUGCUGCACGUGCAGCGUCGCGGGACGGCCCUGGUCAGGGACGGCCGUGGCGCACAGCUCUGGCUGGGUUCGACGACGCCGCUGGGCCAGUUCCAGAAGGCCUUCAAGGACCUGCGGGCUGGAGAGGUCAGCGCCGAUGCCUGGAGGGUCCUGAAGGAGGACUCGCAGCGCGCCUUCGACCUCGACCUCGGCGUCAGCCUCGAGUGCGUCUCGGUGGAGCGGCUGCACGCCCUGUCGGACGGGCUCGAGGCCGCUGCCGUGGCUGGCGCGGCCCUGUGGGCCUGGCUCGCGGUGCCGGGGGACGCCGCACUGCCUCGGCAUCGCGCGCUGGUAGUGCUGCUUGGCCAGGCCUGUGGUGCACAGGUACCCGGGCUGGCGACGGCGGCGGCGAGGGCUUACCUGGCGCUACUGCAGGCCGACGGAGCCGAGCAGCACUGGAACGUGGUUUUCCAGCCCUGCAUCUUCCGCCAGGUGCUGCGCCUGCUCCGGGUGCUGCGGCGCGGGGAGCUGACGGGCGCGCGGGAGAAGCCGGACGGGAUGUGGACGGAUCCUGUGCGGCGGAGCUUGCGCUGUUGGACGAGGUGCUCGAGAAUUGCGACGAGGAGAGCGGGCGGAGGCGGCGGCGCUCCUCGGCGGCCUGCCGGCCCUGCUCCUCGCGCGCGGCCUCGGGGCGACCUCUGCCGAGGCCGCGUCCGUGGCGCUGGAGGACCGCUGGCGGGGCUGAUAGCGCGUCCUCUGGAUGAGGAGGCCGCCCACCUGGCCGCCGCCGCGCUCGCCGCCCUGGUCGGCAGCGGCCGGAGCAGUGCCUGCGUCCGGCGGCUCUCGGCGGCCGCCAUCCGCGGGGUCAUGCCAGCCCUGCUGAUGGUUCAGGACAGGCUGCCGUCCAACCAAGGAGUGCCCAAGGCCCUCCAGCAGUCCCGCGCCGCUGCGCUCGGCUUCGUGAGCGCGCUGGUGCAGAGGCAUCCAGAGCUGCUGACUCCGCAGGUGCGGGGUUCGCCUUGGGGCCCCGGGGCGGACCUCGGCGGAGCUGCGGCCUGGAAGCGCGCCCGGGGUGGCGACGCCCAGGGUGGCGCGGCGAGCUCCGAGCACGCCAGCGCGCCGGGCGAGGCCUGCCUGGAGGUGGACGACCCCGUGGUGGCGGCGCUGCAGCUGGUGUGUGUCCACGCGCCGGAGCGCGCGGAGUGGCGCUCCCGGGCGGCCGAGUGCGUGACCAGCCCGGAGGAGCGCUUCCUCGGCUUCCUCGAGCGCAUCCUCGAGAGCGAGCGCAUCGCCACGCGCGCGCUCGCGACCGAGGUGGCCGCCAGCGCCCUGGAGCAGAGCGGGCGGCUGGUCCCCGGGGCCAGCGAGGACCGCCGCGCAGCCCUCGUGCAGACGUUCCUCGCGGCGCUGAAGCGGCGCAGCGCGGACGUGGUCCCGCUGCCUCGGCUCGGGCAGCCUCUCGGCCCUGGUGCCGCUGCGCCCCUGCGGCGGCGGGUGGCGGCCAGCCUCGGGGCCAUGGCGGCCGUGGCCAGCCCCGCUCGAGCCUUCGGCGGCCAGGCUGUGGCUCGGCCCGCCGCUGGGCGCCCCGGGACCCCGCGGCGCUGCCCGGGGGGGGCCCCCGCCGCGGGCACCGCGCGCCGGCGCGCCUCGCCAGCGAGGCGUCGGGCCGCCCUCGCCGCCGCCUGCUCGGUGGGCGCCGCCUCGGCGGGCGGGCGGGCGCGGCGCGGGCGCGGUGCUCGCGCCGUGGCCUGCGCGCUGCGGGCCGGCGGCGGCGCCGAGCGCCAGCGGCUGAUCGUCGUCGGCGGCGGCCUCGCCGGGCUCGGCGCCGGCCUGGCCGCCGCCCGCGCCGGCCUCGAGGUGCGCGUGCUCGACGCCUCCCCCCGCCGCCCCGGCGAGCCGUGGCCGCGGCCCACCCCGGCGGACGGCUCGCUGCCGCUGCCGAUGGAGUACCCGAACCUCCUGGCCUUGCUUGACGAGCUCGCCCCCGGCGGCCAAGACGCAGUCCUGACACGCCCGACCAGGUCUGGCUUCUACUCCGGCCGGGGGCUCGAGGUGAGCGCACCCGUCUUUGGCAAGCUCCCGAGGCUGCCUGCCCCGUUUGGCACGCUGGCCUACACGUCCCCUUUCUUCCGCCAGGUAUCGGCUGAGGCGAGGCUGAGCGCGCUGGGUCUGGUGCCAGAUCUGCUGCGAGCACUGGCCGUGGAGCCGAGGGACGAAGGAUCGGCUGGUCUGGACGACAUGUCCGCCGAAGAGCUCCUCGUGAGCCGGGGCCUCAGCCCCGAGCUCUACGAUGCCUUCGUGCGCCCAGUGCUGCUGGCCCUGCUCUUCCGGCCGCCCGCAGAGCUCUCCGCGCUCGUUGUGCUGAGGGUGCUCUGGUGCUACGUUUUCAAGACCCAGUCCAGCUUCGACGUGCGAUGGUUCCGUGGCCCGCUGGACGAGCUGCUCGUGCGCCCCAUCGUCGCCGAGAUCGAGCGCCUCGGGGGCUCCGUCGAGGCGAGCACGAGGCUCUCCGGCGUCCGCCUCGACGGGGCAGGCAGAGUGGCGUCGGUGGACGUCCAGAGCGUCGGGGGCGCGGGAGUGCAGCAGGUGCAGGCGGACGCAGUGGUGCUCGCCGCGGGCGCCGCGGGCACGCUGCGAAUCCUCCAGGGCUUCGCUCCCGAGGCGCAGGCGCGGCUGGCAACCCCCGAACCGGCUUCAUGGCCGGCCUGCGCCGCAUCCAGAGCACGGAGUGCAUGGCGGUACGCUUCGCCCUGGACCGCCUCUGCCCCACGGAGUUCUCCUCCAACGUGCUCUCUGGCCUCGAGGGCCUGGACCAGACCGGCGCCACCUUCUUCAUGCUGGAGCGCCUCCAGCCAACCCUGUGGCGCUCCUACGCGGGCGGGCGGCUGCGUGGCUGCUCCGUGGUGGCGGUCGACUUCUACGGGAGCGACCGCGGCCGCCUCGCCUCGAUGCCAGGAGGUCGCGCAGUACGCGCUGUCGCUGCUGCGCAGCGCCGACCCGCGUGCCUUCGGGGAGGCCGGGCUCGCCCCCGGCGUCGAGGCCGUGGUGCUGCGCGCCCCGGGCGCCGCCACCCACUUCGCGCCGGGCUCGCGCAGGUGCCGCCCGAGGCAGCGCACCGCGAUCCCGAACCUCUUCCUGGCGGGCGACUACGUCAAGGGGCUGGACCACGGCGCCGAGGGCCUGUCCCAGGAGCGCGCCUUGGUCUCCGGGUUCGAGGCGGCCAAUCUCGCGAUGGGCGAGGUGGAGACCCCCGCGGCCUCUGGUCGCGGCCUGCGCCGGCAGCAGGUGCUGUCGCUGUCGCCCGACGAGCCUCAGGUGCAGUUGCUGCGUGCCCUGCAGCGCGGACUGUGA